GACUUUUUUCCCACUUUGGGACUUGCAAGCACCAACAGAGGUUCUCAGCAGCGGAACUCACAGCCAUACCAACAUGACGGAGUCAGCUGAAGCUGUAGCAGCAGAUGUGACCAGCAGGAGAAGUGUCACCAUUGAAAUCACGAAUCUCACUAACAACUACUGCCUCAUCAACCCCAGGGUGUACCUUGAGAAUGGGGAGACAUACAACCCACCUCAACCCACAGUGCGUCCUCUAAAGACGGAGGUUUGCACUUUCACCAAGUCCAGCGGCAAAUCAACAGGCAGCGUUGGUGUGAUGACCUACGACCUUUUCGAGAAGUCACGGAACGACUACAUUGAGACUCUGGCCAUCAUGUUCUCAGUUCCCUGGGACUACAACCUGUACAAGAACUGGUAUGCAGUGGGCAUCCACAAAAAGGGCCGUAACUGUGAUAAGGAUUUGUAUAAAGAAAUGUACUAUGAGAAAAACCAGCAUGAGCAUGGGUUUGUCAGGGAGGAAGCAACUGGGUCAGGAAUCAAUUAUGUGGGCAACUACCUAGAUAUCAAAGCCACCAUGUGUCCCCUGGGGAAAGCCAUCAUGAAGGUGGAGGUGUGGGAUAAGCUUUUCACGCCCAUGGGCCAGCAGGCAUACUAGAGACCCCUCCUAACAGUAUUUCUGUCAUGUGUCUGGAGAGCAAAUUCAUCCCUCUACUUCAAGCCUUUACCUGGCAGACUGUUUCCAAUACAGUCAACGUGCAUGAUUUAACAGAUGUAUUGUUGCUGACAUGUGUCUGUAUAGCUGGGUAUUACCCUUCUGUAAAUCUGCUUAAGAUCAGAGUUUAGUUUGUUUAUAAAUCCAGGCAGCAAUAUCCCCCUUUUAUAGCCAAAGCCUCUGUCUGUUUCAAUAGCAUCCGGUAGAAUGGCAUCUUUAGAAAUGGAAAUCAAAGGAUGACUCACCGGAGGACGAGGGCACAUAGCUUAAUAAAACACACUGAGAGCUUGUCUGUAUUUACCUUGACACUGUAGUCUGAGGAAUAAAAUAAACCUU